CCCCCUCUCAAGUCCCUCCCCAAACCCUAGACGAUUCACCACUCACCCGACCCUCUUCUCUUCCGUCAUCCUCUCUCUCUUCUCUUCCCUUUCACCUCUCAAAAUGGUAACGCACCCAAGAACUUGAAAACCCAGAAGAAGAAGAAAGAAGAAAGAAGAAAAAGAUGAUCAGCGGAGCAGAUUUCUCCCUCACGACCACCGCCGCCCUCCUUCUCCCUCACGACUCACGACCACCGCCGCCUCACGACCGUCGCCUCCACCAUCGUCGACGUCGCCGCGCCGCCUCCACCAUCGUCGACGUCGCCCCGCUGCCUCCACCCUCGCCGCCCCGCCGCUCGACCUCCGCCUCCACUCGCUGCCGCCUUCACUCGCCGCCGCCGCGCCUCUGCUCUGUGUUUCCAGAUCUAAAAUGGAAGAAGGAAGGAGGGAGAAGGAAGGAGUGGUGGGUGUUGUGGGUUUGAAAUGGAGGAAGGAGAGAGAAGGAAGAAGUGGUCUCUGGUGGGUGGAGACUGGAGAGGAAGGAGGAAGAAGAUAAGGAUUUAGUGGUAGGGAAUUUUCGUUUGUUUGUUUUUUUUUAUUUUUUUUAGAGAAGGGAGUAUUUUUUGGUAUGCGGCUAACAGAACCAAAACCGAUAACCGACCGGUCGGUGGUCGGCUAGCCGUGGUAACCCUCACGGUCGGUGGUCGGCAAUAGAAGGUGGUUGCUCGGUUUAACCGAUAACUGAGAAAUCAGUUUUUGGUUAAACCGAAACCGACCGACUGCCACCCCUACUUUAGAUGACUGGGCGACCGGGCACACUGAUUUCCCAAAGUUUGGGUGUUGGGUGUGGGUAUGCUGUUGGUGGAAGGAACAUUAGUUAUCAUGGGAUAAAGCAUGGGUUCGUUGCGUUUUGGUGGUGGGUUACGGGUGUUUGGCGGAAUGGGAGAAGGAGAUGGUGUGGACAAAGAUGCAGGAACAUUUUGAUGAGUUUGUAAAGCUAGUUUUGGGCUUGGAGAUGUAAAAAUAGACCCAUUAAGAUCAAGUGGCGAAUUUGGGCUUAAGGUUGGUGAUAAAGCCGGCCCAAAAUGAAAGAUGGGAUGGACUGAUUGGUUUUGGGUUGUGUACUUGUGUUUGGCAAGGUUGGAGGGCCCAAGGGUUGUGGUUGAGCAGAAUUUAAAGUUAGGUUUAAAGGGUCACCUUCUUUCUCCUCUGCAAUCGUGGAGUGGGAAGAGGUGUUGAUUGUCUGCUUCUUCUUCGAGGAGAGUUGUUGCCUUGAAUCUUCUUCAAUUGUUAAAUUGCCCAUGUGCAAUUUAAUUCUCUGUGCCCCUCCCUGCUUGAACCGAAAACCAUACUCUGUUCGUCAAUGUCAAUUUCUUUAUUCUUGGCCAGGGAAGCUGGUUGCUUAGAAUUAUUACCGAUAGGCUCGCCCAUCCCGAGUCCGGAUAGUAUAACAACACUCUUUGUGUUGUUAUAAUAACAAUAGGAUUCAUUAAGGGAAAAUGGUAAAUUAACAAUAAAAAUAAUAAAUAAAAAUUAACCCUACUCAUUUUCCCGUUCGCUCUGAACCACAUGCCCUGUCUCUUUCACACUCCCGCUGGAUCUUGUUUCUUCUUCUCCCAUGCCGGCUUUCCCUGAAAAAUCAAAACCCUCACCGGCGUUCCAACUCCGUCAUCUCUCCAUCGUCACUCGAAUCACGACCUCCGAGGCCGGAGAUGAAGGAACCCCAUCCAUGGCGAAUCAACCAUCACAUGCGACGAACAAUAGGAGUGGUUCGUCUCCUUCACCAAUCUUGCUGACGGAAUAGUCACUCUUGCCUCCUACGUUGGGCUUCUCAUGACGCUGGGCAUCACGAGUAGCGAUUCGCGAUCUUUCAGGCAGCCGUCAUGUUCGCUUCCAUUGCGCAGCCUAUUUACACCCAAGAAAAUCACCUUAAGCACAAUGGUAUUGUGGUAAAGCCAGGGUAGUCAAAAUCGCGCAUUAAAACGUAAAAAUUUAC